AUUGCUUCCAUCGGCCAAAGACAAUACACUUUUUUGGGGGGUUUUGAGUUUCAACUCACGCCCAUAACUAUGACAGUUUCGGUGAGUAAGGUAAGUGUAUAUGAUCGUUGAAAGCUUUGAUUGUCUAUUAGACGGGUGAACUGAAAUUUUUAGAAUUUAUUUACAAAGAUCGUCUUAGAAAAUCAAUGAACAGUCUAGCAGAAGAACCUGGCUCAGAUCUGACUGGCCCAGAUCGGCCUGGCUCAGGACGGCCUGGAUCAGGACGGCCUGGCUCAGUACGGCCCGGCGCUGUACGGCUUGCCUCAGUACGGCCUGGCUCAGUACUGCCUCCUUCAGUACGGCCUGGAUCAGUACGGCCUCGCUAAGUACGGCCUGGCUAAGUACGGCCUGGCUAAGUACGGCCUGGCUAAGUACGGCCUGGCUAAGUACGGCCUGGCUCAGUACAGCCUGGCUCAGCACGGCCUGGCUCAGAUCGGCCUGGCUUAGAACAGCUUGUUUCAGUUCUUCCCGACUCAGUACGGCCUCGCUCAGUGCGAUCUGGCCCAGUACGGCCUGGCUCAGUGCGGUCUGGCUCAGUACGGCCUGGCUCAGUACGGCCUGGCUCAGAUCGGCCUGGAUGAGUGCGGCCUGCUCAGAAAGGCCUGGCUCACUACCGCUUGGCUCGGAACGGCCUGGCUAAGUACGGCCUGGCUCAACACGGCCUGUGUCAGUACGGCCGGGCUCAAUACGGCCUGGCCAAUAACAACCUGCAACACAAAACCCUGCCUCAGAACAACAUGCCUCAGUUUGCUCUUUUGCUUCUGAUGUCUUCUGAACGUACUUAAUUUGUACUUUAUUUUUAGUGCCACGUGGAUUUUGAGUACAGUGUAAAUUGCUACUCAAUGUUGUGAUGAGAUGGAAUAAACAGAUCACAUAAAAUGAACUAUUUGGUGUUCUAGUAAUUUUGGAUAUACGAACAAUAUACCUGACACUAUUCAGGGUUUUGAUAAAGUGAGAGACAAUAUAUAAAAAGAUAGUCGGACGUAAGGAUAUAUCAAUUUUUGGACACCUGCCUCAGUAAAGCUUGACCAAUAACAGCCUUUGACCAAUCAAACUGUGAUGAAAUGAAAGACAGUAUAUAUACAAAAUACCUAGACGUAAGAAUAGAUCAAUAUAUGACACCUUCCUCAGUACACCACGACUCAUGGCAUCCUUCAACCGAACAGCCUGACUAAGAAUGGUCUUACAUUGAACAGCCUGCCGCAGAACAAAUUGCAAUAGAGGGGUCGGUAUCACUUCUGCCUGUCUUUAAACGGCCUGUCUUAGAACAGCCUGUCUAACAAAAGCCUGCCCCAGAACAGCCUACCUCACAACGGCAUGCAAGAGAACAGCAUGAAUCAGAAUGUCAUUUACUAGAACAAUCUGCCUAAAAAACGGAUUGUCUCAUAACAGCUUGCCACAAAACAGCCUUAGAACAGCCCGUCAAAGAAAAGCGUGUCAUAGUACAGCCCGUUAAAGAACAGCCUAUAUCAGAAUAGCUUCACACGUAACAGCCAUCUCAGAACAGCUUGUCUCGCAAAAUCCUAAAUUAGAACGUCGUGCAUCUGAAAAGUCUGCCUCGAAACAGACACCUCAGAACAGUCCGCCUCAGAAAAGACUGCCUCAGAACAGUCCGCCUCAGAAAAGACUGCCUCAGAACAGUCCGCCUCAGAAAAGACUGCCUCAGAACAGUAACCCAUAGAAAAGCCUGGUUUAUAGCAGCCUUCGAACGUGAACGGCCUGGCCCAGAAUAUAUUAUAAAAAGUGUUGGACUGCGAUAAAGCUUUAAAUAGAUUAAUAAGACACGAACACAUUGUGUCAAUAGAACAAUAUAAGUUCUGCUUUCAUAAUAAUUAUACAUUAUACACAAUUGAACGUUUCGGUACAUGCCUUCAUCAGUACAAACAAACAAAAAUCAAAUAACUAAGUGUAAAUUAAAUUUACAUAACAUCAAUAAACAUAUCCUACCUAAAACAGAAAAAAAAUAUAGGAGAGGGCGCUAAAACCAGACAAAAACAAAGUAAAGAGAAGUAGAAAGGAAGUGAUUAAAACAUAAUUGGAAAAACUAAACAGGAAAAAGACAUGGCAGCUAAGUAAAACUAUGGAUUUGGUUCAAUCCAUAUGGAGACAACGUACCAAAUCUAGUUAUUAAUUUGUUCUCCAUAUAGAUUCUAUAUGCAGUGUUACUAGUAUAGAGUAUACCAGUAACUACAAGAUCUCAGAUACCAUUAUGGUUAGGGCUAUUGAAAUGUUUGGAGACCGGACAGAGAGCGUGUUGAUUUAUGUUAUAGAGGUGCUCUCUGAAACGGUCCCCAAGGCGACGACCUGUCUCUCCUAUGUAUAGUUUGCCACACUUUUUGCAAAUGAUGGUGUAAAUCACGUUGCGACUUGUGCAGGUAAAGCCAUCUUUUAUUCUGAAUACUCCCAGAGGGAAAGUUAUCAUAUCAGUUUCGAUCACGUAAGGACAUGAGUUAUAACGGCUACGGUUGCAAUUUUUGUGUCCAUUUAUGUGCUUUAAUAGCAGGGAGGUGGCUUCUAACCAGCAUGUCCCUAAGGCUCUUGUCCCGCUGGAAAGCGAAAAGAGGAGGUUUUCUAAAAAUCUCAUUUGUGACAGGGUCCGCCAUCAGAAUUGAGCGGUUUUUAAGAACCAGAGAGCGAGCUUUUAGGUUGUGGGGGGAUGAAAAGUUAAGAUAAAUUUAGACCUAUCGCUAGUGUCAGAAUGAGUAGCUUUAAAAGAAGCCUGUCUAGUCAUACCUUUAACUCGAGUGGCAGCUGCUUUUAAAAUUUCUUCGGGGUAUAAUCUGCGUUGGAAAAAAUCCAGCAUUUCAGACAUUCUUUCUCCAAAAUGUUCAUCAUUACUACAGAGUCUUCUGAGUCUGAGCAACUGAGAAAAUGGGCUGGAGUUUUUACACCAUUGAGGAUGGGAUGAUGAAUAUAGCAAGAAGCUAUGACUGUCUACACCAUUGAGGAUGGGAUGAUGAAUAUAGCAAGAAGCUAUGACUGUCUACACCAUUGAGGAUGGGAUGAUGAAUAUAGCAAGAAGCUAUGACUGUCUACACCAUUGAGGAUGGGACGAUGAAUAUAGCAAGAAGCUAUGACUGUCUGUUUGUUUAUAAAAAAUGGACAUAGAUACUUUGAUCUCAUGAACAUUUUGGAGAAAGAAUGUCUGAAAUGCUGGAUUUUUUCCGACGCAGAUUAUACCCGAAGAAAUUUUAAAAUCAGGUGUCACUCGGGUUAAGGUAUGACUAGACAGCUGUCACUCGGGUUAAAGGAAUGACUAGACAGCUGUCACUCGGGUUAAAGGUAUGACUAGACAGCUGUCACCCGGGUUAAAGGUAUGACUAGACAGCUGUCACCCGGGUUAAAGGUAUGACUAGACAGCUGUCACUCGGGUUAAAGGUAUGACUAGACAGGCUUCUUUUAAAGCUACUCAUUCUGACACUAGCGAUAGGUCUAAAUUUAUCUUAACUUUUCAUCCCCCCACAACCUAAAAGCUCGCUCUCUGGUUCUUAAAAACCGCUCAAUUCUGAUGGCGGACCCUGUCACAAAUGAGAUUUUUAGAAAACCUCCUCUUUUCGCUUUCCGGCGGGAUGAGAGCCUUAGGGACAGGCUAGUUAGAAGCCACCUCCCUGCUAUUAAAGCACACAAAGGCACAAAGAGUUGCAACCGUAGCCGUUGUAACUCAUGUCCCUACGUGAUCGAAACUGAUAUGAUCACUUUCCCUCUGGGAGUAUUCAGAAUAAAAGAUGGCUUUACCUGCACAAGUCGCAACGUGAUUUAUACCAUCAUUUGCAAAAAGUGCUGUAAACUAUGCAUAGGAGAGACAGGUCGUCGCCUUGGGGACCGUUUCAGAGAGCACCUCUAUAACAUAAAUCAACACGCUCUCUGUCUGGUCUCCAAACAUUUCAAUAGCCCUAACCAUAAUGGUAUCUCAGAUAUUGUAGUUACUGGUAUACUCUAUACUAGUAACACUGCAGAUAGAAUCUAUAUAGAGAACAAAUUAAUAACUAGAUUUGGUACGUUGUCUCCAUAUGAAUUGAACCAAAUCCAUAGUUUUACUUAGCUGCCAUGUCUUUUUCCUGUUUGGUUUUUCCAACUAUGUUAAAAUCCCUUCCUUUCUACUUCUCUUUACUUUGUUUUUGUCUGGUUUUAGCUCCCUCUCCUAUAUUUUUUCUGUUUUAGGUAGGAUAUGUAUAUUGAUGUUAUGUAAAUUUAAUUUAUACUUAUUUAAAUGUGUUUUGUUUGUUUGUACUGUUGAAGGCAUGUGCCGAAACGUUAAUUGUGUAUGAUGUAUAAUUAUUAUUAAAGCUAACUCAUAUUGUUCUAUUGACACUAUUUGUUCGUGUCUUAUUAACCUGGUCCAGAAUAGCCUGCAACAGAACCGCAUACCUCAGAAAAGCCAGCCUCAGAACUGCAUUUCUUCAGAGCAGCAGAACGGCCUGUCCCAUAAUAACCAUCCUUAGAACGGCCCGUCUUAUAAUAGAAAGCUUCAUAACGGCCUGCCUUAGAGCCAUUACUCCACAUUCAUGAAGAGACAAAUCGUGUAAUUCGUCUAGGGUUGGAGAGUCUCUUUAUAUUACCGUAAUAUUUAUCGUGAGGGAGUCAGUAAACUCCAGACAGGAACGUCUAGACGGUAAAUAGUCAGAUAGUAUUCUCUACGUAGACGUAGACUUUCUGAAAAUUGUAAAAAAAACAAUCCAACUAUCCCAAUCAAGAUCAGUGCGAGGAAGUGUUGGCAUCACAAAGUUAAUUGGUGACGUCAGUAACACAAUCAUAAUGGGGAUCAAGGAUGGAUUGCCACGGCUCGACACCACACGGGUGAAUCAAAACUAGGUCAAACGUUUAUAACAGAUUCUGUUUUAAAAAAAAACAAAAAAACUAUAAAACAGGAUUCUUCUUCUUCUAUAUCUUAAGGGCCCACGAUCAAUUUAUUGAUCAUUUUGGCUCCUAUGCAUGUAGAUGGGAUUUGCAAUGUUUCUGUUACUUGUGUUGAUGAGGAAAUCAUGCACUAGGGGUUUGAAGGUUGGAGGCAAUAGACACAAAUGUGUCUAGAGUUGUCGCCUCAACCGUUCCUUUGAAAGAUUUUUCGAGUCCCAGAUUGUCUUGGGCAGGAAUGAGCAGCUCCUAUACUGGCUUCUUGCUGGUAGUAGCCUGAAUUGCCUGUCAUUGCCUCGUCGCUGUCUAUGGGGGAGAGGGACGAGUUUCUGUUUAAUACUGGAACAGUGGACCAGCCCAUUAUUUAUCUUGUACAUCAUGGAGAGCCUGGAUUGUCGUCGUCGUUUCUCCAAUGGUGACCAGCCUAGUGUUUCAAGCAUGCUUCCAACACUAGAGGUAUUCCUGUAGCGGUUUAGGACAAAGUGUGCUGCUCGUCGCUGGACCGCCUUACACCUGUCAAAGCUCUUCUGGGUAAAUGGGUCCCAGACUGAAGAUGCACAAUCUAAAAUCGGACGGAUAAAGGCUUUAUAUGCUCUUUCUUUCACACUGGAGUUGCCAAUCUUUAGAUUUCGCCUUAAGAACCCUAGGGUCUUGUUUGCUUGGUUACAUACAUCGUUAAUGUGCUCGUCCCAGCGGACCUCUCUUUGAAUGGUAACACCCAGGUAGUUUACGGAGGAAACUGGCUCAAAUAUAUGGUCCUGCAGUUCGUAUUGGUAGUGUAAAUGAGUACAACUUCUAGAGUGUGUCUGGCACUUGGCAGGGUGAAAUUCCAUGUCCCAGCUCAUCUCCCACUCAGCUAACAGAUUGAGAUCCUGUCGUAGCUGGUCCUUUUCAGAUCUUUUGGCGAUCGUCCUAUACACUGCUGUGUAUAUUUACAAUAUCCUCUUAAUAAGGCUGUAUAACACGCGCUAUAGAACACUAAAAUAAACGCGAGGACAGUUUCUAUCACCUGCUCUAGAACAGCCACUACAGCAAUCUCUAAUAAUAAAAAUAAAGUUAAUUUUUAAAAAAAACACUCUUCUUUGCGAAAUAAGACAUGAAACGCAAUCAAAUACAAAAACGCAACAAUUCAAAAAUCUACAUACACGUCAAGUGACAAUAGAAGAUAAUGUACAUCAACUCACUCGAAAACAGGAGGUUGACCAAUUGACCCAAGUAGGUGAGUGCGAAAAAGAUGUGUUUUCAACUCAGUUUUGAGAGACUGCAGUGUCUGGCUGAUUCUGACACCGACAGGAAGGACGUUCCAGAUUAUCGGGCCAGCAAAAGCGAGAGUGCGCCUUCCGUAUGUCUCAAGCCGGACUCGCGGUAUCGAGAGUUUAUUACUUUCGGAUGAACGGAGUGAUCUUGUGGGCACACAAGUCGUUAUGAGCGCUUUGAGAUAGGACGGCGCCAAGUCAUGCAAGCUGCCGUUGCACAGAGUUGCAAUUGGGUACUCUAUGCGAGCCCGUACCGGCAGCCCAUGCAACUCUCUCAGAAGUGCUUCACCAUGGUCGAAUUUACGUUUUCGCAUAACAAUGCGAGCCGGGUUAUUCUGUGCUUAUUUUUAAUCCUACGAAGGAGCGUAGCCGGUGGACCCAGCAUGAGAGCAAUGGAUUAGUCUACGCGUGAUAGCAGUGAAUUCAGACAUCAGCCACUUUGAUGCAUCAAACGUUAAGAAAGAUUUACUAUGAUUAAUCCUGCGCUGCUCUAGAAAAAUCGACUUUCAAAGCCUGUUAAAUGUGAAUCUCCAUAGUCGGUCUUCUGUCAAAGUAGACACAAGGUUUCUCACAGUUUGAGCAAUCUCAAACGGCCUCAAUAAUAGGGUUACCUAUCAUAAUAAUCCUCUUGUUGACUCGAAUAUAUUCCAUCAAUUGUACCAUAAGCUUAAUACCAACCACUUAUAAUGGACUUCAAUUGUGAUGCAAUCGUGUAAAUGUAGAGCCCCUCUAAUCAAACAGAUUUUUCCCAAAAAAUAGAAACUUUUUUUGGGCAUGCAAACAUACACAACGCUUACCGCACACAUACACAUGGCUAACCACACACACAUACAUUUUGCUCACCCUACACACAUAUAUGGUUAACCACACACGCAUACAUUUUGAUAACCCUACACACAUACACAUGGCGAACCAAACACACACAUUUUGCAAACCCUACUCACACACAUGUCUAACCACACACAUACACAUGGCGUGCCACACACAUACACAUGGCUAACCACACACAUACACCUGGCUAACCUCACACAUACACAUGGCUAACCACACACAUACACAUGCGGUACCACACACAUACACAUGGCUAACCACACACAUACACAUGGCGUACCACACACAUACACAUGGCGUACCACACACAUACAUAUGGCUAACCGUACACUUACACAUGUCUAGCCACACAUUAAAACACAGGAUGGGUAUUUAAUACAAAACUGCCGAUCUUUGAUUUUACUAUCAUUCUACAUUUACACAGAAAUCUGUAUCGCUUCUCAUUAUAAUCAGCCAAUACGUCCUGGUGAACUGUCAUGGUAAGUAUUAUUGUAAUAAGAUAAUACGUCCAGGUGAGCUCUGAAGGUUAGCAUUAUUGUAUUAAGCUAGUACGUCCCGAUGAUCUGUCAAGGGUGGUAUUAUUGUUAUAAGAUAUUACGUCCAGGUUAGCUCUGAUGUUAGUAUUAUUGUAUUAAGCUAUUACGUCCCGAUGAACGGUCAAGGUAAGUAUUUUUGUACCAAACUAUGACUUCUAUGUGAGUUGUCAAGGUAAGAUUCAUUCUAAUAGAAAAAUUGUGACAAAUGUUAGUAUGUCUUUUAAAUGUUAUAUUUAAACAUUCGCUCGACUUGUUAGAACGUGUCAUUCAACUUGUUAUACGUAGUCAAGUUUCUUGAUUUAAUUUGAUUGUUGCCUUGUUUUAAUUUGAUGACGGCUUUGGUUCACCUUGAUGUAAACAUUUUUUUUAAACUUGAUAAGGUACAACUUGAUUUAGGCCUUAGUCUCACUACGAAGAUGAAUAAACUUUGCUCUAGGCUUUCGUUUAACUUUAUUUAGGCAUUGGUUUAACGUGAUGUUUGCCUUUGUACAACUUGGUCCUGGUUAAACUUGAUUUAGUCUUUUGGUCACCCUUUUGUAGACCUUUGUUUAACUUGAUAAAGGUCUUGGUUCAUUUUGAUAUAGGCCGUGUUUUAACUUGAUGUUUUAUAAGGGACAUGGUUUAACUUGAUGUAAGCCUUAGCUCAACUUGAUGGAAGCUUUGGUAUUUGUUCAACUAGAUGUACGCAUUUUGAUUUUGCUAAAUUCAUUUCUUUUUCCGUCUGUAUUGGUAUUAUUUAUGAAAAUUUAUUCAUUUUAAACUAUUUCUUCGAAAGUUUCCAAAAAAAAAAGUUUUUUAUUUAGUACAUUAUUGAAAGCCACAGUAUAAAAUGAAUUAUCGAAGGAAUAAUUCUCACAAUAUUAAAUUACCAAUCUUUGCCUUCUUCAGUACGAGCAGUUGUGUCUCUUUAGAAGUAUCAUUGAUCUAUUAGCUUUGCCUUCUUUAGUGUAAGCAGUUGUGUCUUUUUAGAAGUGUCUUUGAACCAUUAGAUUUGCCCUCUUUAAUGUGAGCAGUUGUUUCUCUUUAGAAAUGUCUUUGAACAAUUAGCUUUGCAUUCUUUAGGGUGAUCAGUUGUGCCUCUUUAGAAGUGUCUUAGAACCGUUAGCUUUGCCUUCUUUAGUAUGAGCAGUAGUGUCUCUUUAGAAGUGUCAUUGAAUCAAUAGCUUUGCUUCCUUUAGUAUGAGGAGUCGCGUCUCUUUAGAAGUGUCAUUGAAACAUUAGCUUUGCCUUCUUUAGUAUGAGCAGUUGCGUCUCUUUAGAGAGUCAUUGAACCAUUAGCUUUUCCUUCUUCAGCAUGAGCAGUUGUGUCUCUUUAGAAGUGUCAUUGAACUAUUAGCUUUGCCUUCUUUAGUAUGAGCAGUUGCGUCUCUUUAGAAUGGUAUUUUAAAAUAAUCGAGCAUGGUGUUUUAAUGUAAUAAUAGAUUGAAAUAUAUGACGGACUUUGCCUAAAAAGGAAGCACGAUUUCGCUUGCAAUCAGCUGAUCUGAUUUAUUUAUUUACUACAAUUAAGAGUUUUACAGAAUGUUGGUUCAGGCGGAUGUAGGGAAGUCAGCCUCUUAAAUUUCCAGAGUAUAACAUGUCAAUGUCACUGUCAAUGUCAAUGUUUGCUUGCGCAAAGAUACGACGCUUUCGUUGCCCAUAAUGAUCGGGCAUUAUUUAAAAAUAUUCAUUUAUUUAAUGAUUAAUGUUAUCAGUACUAACACUGUUUAAAAAUAGUAACACAACUUCAUUUCAGAUCCCAAUCCAUGUGAAAGUAAUAGAUACGGCAAUGUUCCGCACCCUAAGUCCUGUGCCAAGUAUUAUGAUUGCUCUAAUUACAUGGGAAAAGAAAAAAACUGCCCCAGUGACAGACACUUUCACACCAAGGUACAAGUUAACUAUAGAACAUUUCAGCAGCCAGGUAUGAGUUAAUUAUAGAACAUUUCAGCGGCCAGGUAUAAGUUAAUUAUAGAACAUUUCAGCGGCCACGCUUGAGUUAAUUAUUGAACUUUUCAGCGGCCAGGUAUGACUUAAUUAUAGAAUAUUUCAGCGGCCAGGUAUGAGUUAAUUAUAAAACAUUUCAACGGCCAGGUAUGAGUUUAUUAUAAAACAAUUCAGUGGCCAGGUAUGAGUUUAUUAUAGAACAAUUCAGCGGCCAGGUAUGAGUUCAUUAUAGAACAUUUCAGCGGCCAGGUAUGAGUUAGUUAUAGAACAUUUCAAAGGCAUGGUAUGAGUUUAUUAUAGAAAAGUUUCAGCGGCCAGGUAUGAGUUAAUUACAGAACAUUUCAGCUGCCAGGUAUGAGUUAAUUAUAGAACAAUUCAGCGGCCAGGUAUGAGUUAAUUAUAAAACUUUUCAGCGGCCAGGUAUGAGUUAAUUAUAGAACACUUCAGCGGCCAGGUAUGAGUUAAUUAUAGGACAUUUCAUCGGUUAGGUUUGAGUUAAUUAUAGAACACUUCAGCGGCCAGGUAUGAGUUAAUUAUAGAACAUUUAAGCGCCCAGGUUUGAGUUAAUUACAGAUCACUUCAGCGGCCAGGUAUGAGUUAAUUAUAGAAGUGGUAUAUUUACAAACACAUCGGACGAUUCACCAUUUUUUACUUCAAGACCAGCAACAUCCAUCUAUGUUAGCAAUCAUUUAGCUCUGCCUUUAUGGCCGAAUCCAACUAUGUUAGCAAUCAUUUAGCUCUGCCUUUAUGGCCGAAUCCAUCUAUGUUAGCAAUCAUUUAGCUCUGCCUUUAUGGCCGAAUCCAUCUAUGUUAGCAAUCAUUUAGCUCUGCCUUUAUGGCCAAAUCCAUCUAUGUUAGCAAUCAUUUAGCUCUGCCUUAAUGGCCGAAUCCAUCUAUGUUAGCAAUCAUUUAGCUCUGCCUUUAUGGCCAAAUCCAUCUAUGUUAGCAAUCAUUUAGCUCUGCCUUAAUGGCUGAAUCCAUCUAUGUUAGCAAUCAUUUAGCUCUGCCUUUAUGGCCGAAUCCAUCUAUGUUAGCAAUCAUUUAGCUCUGCCUUUAUGGCCAAAUCCAUCUAUGUUAGUAAUCAUUUAGCUCUGCCUUUAUGGCUGAAUCCAUCUAUGUUAGAAAUCAUUUAGCUCUGCCUUUAUGGCCAAAUCCAUUUAUGUUAGUAAUCAUUUAGCUCUGCCUUUAUGGCCGAAUCCAUCUAUGUUAGCAAUCGUUUAGCUCUGCCUUUAUGGCCAAAUCCAUCUAUGUUAGCAAUCAUUUAGCUCUGCCUUUAAUUUUCUAAACUUUCCAUAUUCUCUCAAAAGGACUGCGUAUUUUCAGCCUAUCAAGAAAGAAACAAUACAUUUUCUAAAAUGUUUUGAGUAUAUCACUAGUUAUCUUCUAAAUUAUUCAUACUGAUUAAUUUUUUUAAAGCUCCCCGUCUCUUAUCUUCAACAAAAAAAUAUCCUUUGAUAGGAAAUAUUGUUCAUACCUUAAAAAAAAAAAUUCGUACACACAUUAGUUAGUAGAGCUUUGGUUUUAUAAAAAUGCCACGUUAUUUGCCAAGUAAUUUUCAUGCAGCGACUAGACACUUUUUUUUUUCUUUGUCCAAAUAGUCAUAACUUUCAUUUUCAUUGAAAUUAAAACGUAUUUUUUUUUAUUUUUCCUUCCAUAACUAUACGUUCUACAUUUAUCUACCACAUGAUCUUUUUUUAAAUGAAGUUUUUAUCUUAUCUGCCCGUAUUACAUUUUCUCAUUAGGCCAGGUACUGUGUCCCAAUACAUCAGUCCGAUUGUGCCAUAACAACAACUAGAAAAGGUAUUGAUUUUAAUGAUCUAAGCGAUACUCAUGCUUUUAUAAAAUUUUAUAUUACAUGUAUUUUUGAAACGAAUUGUGACAAUUUCCUUUUAUUUACAUGUAUUUAUCAAAUGGUUUCUGAUCACAUUUCUAAUUCACAUGUAAUUAUAAAAGGUGAUUAAAAAAAAAUAAUAAAAAUAAUGUGACUUUGUAAAAUGUUUAGAUUUAUAUAACAUUCAAAAAAAAAAUCUUUAUUCAGAUUUUAGAUCUAGUUAUCAUAUUUAGAAAACGCAUAGAAGAUACCAAUGGCGCACAAAGUAUUUUAAGACAAUUUAUUUUAGUUGAACCCUUUUUUUAAAAGAGUGAAAAUGAGAAGGAAGCGUAAAGACGCUUAUGACUAAUUACAAUUGUGUCAAGCACCAACUCAAAAUAAGGUGCAGCUGUUCUGUUUUCCAUUAACAUACAGUUGAAAUAUCAUUUGUUGAAUUAUUUUUCCUUUUCCAAGCUGAGACUCGCAUAAAGUUGGCCUGAUCUAAUAUUCAGUGUUAAAUGGCUGAUACGGAAUCACACAAAAGGGAUGUCUAAUGAGAAUUAUUACCAGUAUUAUGUUAAGGAAGAUGUUUAGCUUCUGUUAUCAUUUUACCCAAAGAGAUUUCGAUCUUUAGCAACCACACAAAUCUUGUAUAUAAUUUUUUUUAAAUAAUGCGAAAAAACAAUGAAGCGAAGUCAACAUUUGUAAAAUUCAACAUAAAUUGAACACUUAAAAACAAGAGAAAGUCAGCAGAUAAUAUCAUUUUGAAAAGGUGAACUCGUUAUUUCAAGAUGGAAUCAAUUUCAUUAAAAUAAUGAAUACAAAUAUAAUAAGUUUUUAUUGAAUGCACGUCAUUUAAGGCAUUUUAUUACAACGAUUGGGGUAUUUAGAAAAAGUCUGAGGAGAUUAUACGAAAUACUUUAGUAGGAAUAUAAUAGAGCAGUGGUUCUUAACACAUCUUCUUCUUUUUCUAUAUCUUAAGGGCCCACGAUCAAUUUAUUGAUCAUUUUGGCUCGUAUGGAUGUAGAUGGGAUUUGCAAUGUUUCUGUUCCUGGUGUUGAUGAGGAAAGUUCACAGAUUUUCAGUGCCAAUUUGUGAGGGAAUCAUGCACUAAGGGUUUGAAGGCUUGAAGCAAUAGACACAAAUGUGUCUAGUGUUUUCGCCUCAACCGUUCCUUUUGAGAGAUUGUUCCAGUCCCUGAUUGUCUUGGGCAGGAAUGAGCAGCUCCUAUAUUGGCUUCUUGCUGGUAUGAGCCUGAAUGGUCUGUCAUUGCCUCGUUUCUGUCUAUCGGGGAGAGGGACGAGUUUCUGUUUAAUACUGGAACAGUGGACCAGCCUAUUAUUUAUCCUGUACAUCAUGGAGAUCCAGGAUUGUCGUCGUCGUUUCUCCAAUGUUGACCAGCCCAGUGUUUCCAGCAUGCUGCCAACACUAGAGGAAUUCCUGUAGCGGUUUAGGACAAAGCGUGCUGCUCGUCGCUGGACCGCCUCUAACCUGUCAAUACUCUUCUGAAUAAAAUGAGUAAAACAUAGUAUGGUUAAACCUGAAAAAAUAAACGCAACAAAACAGCGUACGUGUCGGCAGAAAGCCUUCGUCAGCGAACAAGACAACAGAAAAAACGGUAUAAAAAUAAGAAAUAGCACUUAGCUGGUAAGUAGUAUCUGUGGGCAGACUUCUAUUGCUGCCCACAGAUACUACUCACCAGCUAAGUGCUAUUUCUUAUUUUUAUACCGUUUUUUCUGUUGUUUUGUUCGCUGACGAAGGCUUUUUGCCGACAUUUCGCUGUUUUAUUGCGUUUAUUUUUUCAGGUUUAACCAUACUCUGUUUUACUCAUUUUAUUUUGCACUAACCUGAUUGCAGUCUCUCCCCUUAUUACCCAAUACUCUUCUGGGUAUAUUAUGUGUGCGGUUAGUCAUGUGUAUGUAUGUGGUUAGCCAUGUGUAUGUGUGUGGUUAGCCAUGUGUAUGUGUGUGGUUAGCCAUGUGUAUGUGUGUGGUUAGCCAUGUGUAUGUGUACGGCUUUUUAGACUCUGCGACACUCUCAUGCGGUAUUCUGACGACAUGACCACAGUUCGAUGGGUAACUGAAGGAAAUUCUUAAUGUUACAGUGUUUAUUUGUAUCUUAUUUAUACCAUUUUUAGAUAUAAUAAAAAUAGUCAUUAGUUUUAAUGUGCAGUUUUCUUUUUGCGAGUAUAUUAUCACUACACAUUUAAUAGAUUUCAACAGCUAGUUUCUUAUUGCCAGUAGACUGUGACUAUAUAUUUGGACGUAAUGUCGGACGCGUUUACGUCACAUUUUCCCCCGUGCUGUCAAUCUAGCAGACGCCGAGUUCGUAUUGGGUGUGGCCUAUUCCCUUUCAUCUUGCCGUGUUCACUACCGCUACCAACUAAAAAUAAUUAAUCUGCUCUCAUAGUAUUUUGUGGAAAGUUCGGGAGUGGACUAGAAAGAUAAAACAAUGUCUAAAGCGUUUCUGGAAUACGUCUUACGAUGCAUAUAUAAGGGGUUUAGAGAAAACUAAGGGUCGGAGAUUCAGAUAGAUAUUUUUUCACUUCACAAGACAUGUGUAUUAUUCUGUGUGUUCUCAUAUGUGUUAAUUCACAUUCAUUAUUGUACAUUAUUAAUUGGCAAAAUGUACUAACUGUGUUCCGGUACAAGACAUAUCCUACUCUGUAAGUCGAUGAUUUGUAAUUGUAUUUCUUUUCUUUUGUAAUUAUAUUAAUUCUUAAAUAAAUCGUAUUAAUUGCAAUAGUGCUGGUUUAGGAGUCGUAUUUUUCCUAUUAUAUUCCUCUAUGAUAUCGUCCUUCAAUAUGAUAUCGUCCUUUUUUUAUGCACUGUUUGAACGAGCCAUAAAAUUAAAAAAUAGAGAUUGAUUGAAUCACUAUAGAAGCAGUGUUUAACAUGGCAGAUGUCAACAACUAACUGCGUAUUGCAAGUACACAAUGACAAAACAUUUGUUAGAUAUCAUCAUUUAGUUUCGUAUUGCCAGCAUACUAUCAAUAAACAUUUGUUAGAUAUUAUCAUUUAGUUUCGUAUUGCCAGUAUACUAUAAAUAAACAUUUGUUAGAUAUCAUCUUUUAGUUUCGUAUUGCAAGCAUACUCUAAAUAAAGAUUUGUUAGAAGUCAACAUGCAGCUUUUUUUCUUAUAGCAAUUUAUAGGAAUACUCAUCCAGUGUCACCACUGCAAGGUACAUUUAUAAAAGGAAAAUCAGCUGUUUUAAAAGUUGAGAGCCGCUAGACUAAUUAAAAUAAAAAAAGAGAGGAAAAAAAAUAUAGACAAUGUGCAUUACAUUAUUAUAAUUGUAUGUUUUCACCAUUUUGUUUUGAAGAAAAUAAUAACGCAUGAAUACGUAAAGGAUAUAACAAUCAUCGAUAGGCAGCUCGAUAUUUACAUGAGGAGAAUUAUAUAUAUAUUUUUUUUAUAAUUAAUGUGUAAAUAGUAUUUACCUUAGACUCUAUGAACUUGCAACAAACACUCUUUUUUUGUUGACAUAAUCAAUAGACUUUAAAAGAACGUGUAAAUAACAAUAGUUUUUUAACUUAAAAAUAGACUCUAGGAACUUGUAACUAAAAAUCUUUAUUUAAAUGAAUCAAUAAACUCUUUCAACUUAUAACUAACACUCUCUCUCUUUUUUUUUUUAACCUACUGAAAAUAUUCUAAAAACAUGUAACUAAAAAUCUUCCGCAGGAAUCACAAUUUUUAAUUGAAAAUCAAGUUUUACAUUCAGUUCCCAUUUUUUUUUUUUAAAAAAAAGUAAAUAUUAUAAAAAAUAGUUAAAAUAUGUUUCUUUAUUGCUCAAAAAUAAACAUCAAUUAAUAAAAAGAACAUAGUUUCUUGUACCUAAAAUAUAUAGCACAGAAAAUAGGAAAAAUCGGAAAAUUAGUUUUAUAAAUGAAGAAGGAAUAGAAGAAAUAAGAUAACGUGAAGAGUCGGGAAAGAAAUGUCUAUUUAAUCGUUUGGUUUGUACUAAGAGAUGUCUAUUUUAUAACAUGUGUGUAGUAAGAGAUGUCUAUUUUACAACUUGUUCGUACCAAGAGACGUCUAUUUUAUAGUAUGUCUGUACUAAGAGAAGUCGAUUAAAUAACAGGAUCCUACUGAACGAUCUUUAUUUCAUCAAAUAUUUGUUCUGAUGUGUAUGUCUAUUUUAUAGUAUGUUUGUACUAAGAGAAGUCUAUUUAAUAACAGGAUCGUACUGAACGAUCUUUAUUUCAUAAACUAUUUGUUCUGAUGUGUAUGUCUAUUUUGCAACAUCUGUGCACUAUUUGCAUUAUAUCUCAAAAUUUCUCCUCUCACAACCUCAGCUUUGUUUCUUCGACCUGGUGGACCCCGUGAGUAGUAUUUACUUGAAUUUUUAAAUAAGUGACCUUCUUAGGAUUUAGGACGAUAAAUAACCCCCCCCCCCCCCAAAAAAAAAAAAAAAAAAAAAAAAAAAAAAAAUAAAAAAAAAAAAAAAAAAAAACAACAACAAAAAAAAAAAAAAAAAAAAAACAAAACAUUGAUCAGUCCCUUGUGUUUCUAUUGAGACUUAAAUUUUUGGGAAAUCCCAUCAUAUCAAAUAGUUUAUUCCUGGGUUUGUCAAGGAGUUCUUCUCAUUGUGCUCUGCAUUUAAACCAAGUCACAGCUUCAACGCCAGUAUUUUGACUUGGUAACGAAAUAAUUCAUUAGUUAUUCACAUAUGCAAAUCACUAUUUCUUUGUCUGGGCAGGUUUGAAAUGUUUCGCCUUCAAGUUGUCGAUCUCUCUUUCGACCUAAAAAUGACAACAUAAUAAACAUAAAAAAAACAAAACAAAAAACAAAAAAUGUUCUUAUUUAUAAAAUUGCUAAUUUUCUUGUAUAAAAUAAUUUACUUUCAAAGCAUGAUUCUUUUUCAUAAACAGCGUGUUACCCCAACCAGGCAAAUAUGGGGCUAUUCAACAGAUAUGAUCAUUUGGGGAAAACGUACUACCUGUCUAAGGACACUUACACGACAGAUAAGGCGUCUCAUGAAAUGUGUAAAACACUGUGCGGCUAUCUGGCUGAGAUAGAUGAUGAAGACGAAUACGAGUACGCCGUCUCAAUGAUUGAUAAGCACGAUUACUACGGCGUACUUAUCGCAGGGACGGAUACGUACACCGAGGGCACCUGGGAGUAUGAAAGGACCAUGAAACGCGUCAACUACUUCAAAUGGUGCCUGGGACUCGGAGAACCUAAUAACUCCUUCGAUCAAGACUGUAUGGCCAUCAGCAAAGAACACUCUUGUAUGUUGGACCACCAGUGUCUUCACCAACAUGAUUAUUACAGUUUUCGUUACUUGUGUGAAGUAGAUUAGAAGCAGCUGAUUUUUUGAAAAAAAAAGAAGUUGAUAAAUUCAUUUGUCAAUGUUUAGUUUCGAGAUUGUAAUCUUCAUAAGAGCUUGCUUUUGUUAUUGAUUAUUUUUUUUUUUCAAAUCUAAAUUUGUUUGAGCUCAUCAUGGGACUGCCACGUCAGACAUCACAGCAGCUUUGGUCGUGAGACCAAGUUAUUUUAAAUAGUAUUACUUAAAUAGAAUAAUCUAUAGAAUGCUGUGACUUUUGUAAAAAAACACUUGAAAGUAACAACAUACUUUCAAAACAAUAAAAAAAAAUAUUUGAUUGCAAUAAACAUAAAUAUGUAAAGCAAAAUUAGAAAAAUGCAUUUGUUCUGUGCCACUUUCUACAUAUAAAGUUUGACUUAUGUCAUUCAGGAAGGCAUGCAACGUUUCUAAACAUAACUAUUGUCUUUUGUCAUUCGGAAUUGG